UGACGUAGAGCGCAAUGUCGCGUGCGCUGCAUGCAAGGCCUGUCAGAGCUAGGAAGCGGUGUGUGUGCGGUCAGGUUAUGGUUUAUUCAGCCGAGCAACCAAAUACUCGUUAGCUGUUAGCGUUAAUACCUUCGUUUGCCCGGCUUUACAUGAUCCGUGGAUAUUAAUAUAGAAGGCAGUAACUGGAGUAGAAUUCCCGGCAGGUCCAUAGACGUGUGUGUUGUAUGAAUGCUCAGACAUCAAUUUGCCAGGACGUCAUCAUGAAUAAAAACAAAAGGGAGAAGGAAUUCUACAGUAUAGAUGUGGGGGAUUCAACAUUCACAGUUCUGAAGCGUUAUCAGAACCUGAGACCGAUCGGCUCAGGAGCACAGGGAAUAGUCUGUUCAGCAUAUGACCAACAUCUUGAAAGAAAUGUAGCUAUUAAGAAACUUAGCCGGCCUUUUCAGAAUCAGACACAUGCCAAGCGAGCAUACAGAGAGCUGGUGCUAAUGAAGUGUGUCAACCAUAAAAAUAUUAUCGGCCUCUUAAAUGUUUUUACACCACAAAAAACAUUAGAAGAAUUUCAAGAUGUUUACCUUGUAAUGGAGCUGAUGGAUGCGAACCUUUGCCAAGUCAUUCAGAUGGAGCUUGACCACGAGCGGCUGUCCUAUCUGCUGUACCAGAUGCUGUGUGGAAUUAAACACCUCCACGCGGCAGGGAUCAUCCACAGGGACCUGAAACCUAGUAACAUAGUAGUCAAAUCAGACUGUACCCUAAAGAUCCUGGACUUUGGCUUGGCCCGGACAGCGGCCACUGGUUUGCUGAUGACACCAUAUGUGGUGACCCGCUACUACAGAGCCCCUGAAGUCAUCCUGGGAAUGGGAUAUCAAGCCAAUGUUGAUGUCUGGUCUGUUGGGUGUAUCAUGGCUGAAAUGGUCAGAGGUAGUGUGUUGUUUCCAGGCACUGAUCAUAUUGAUCAGUGGAACAAAGUCAUUGAGCAGCUUGGGACCCCAUCCCAAGAGUUCCUGAUGAAACUCAAUCAGUCCGUAAGGACAUAUGUGGAGAACCGGCCUCGCUAUGCCGGAUACAGCUUUGAGAAGCUUUUCCCUGAUGUUCUUUUCCCUGCCGAUUCAGAUCACAACAAACUCAAAGCCAGCCAGGCUCGAGACCUGCUUUCCAAAAUGCUAGUUAUAGAUGCUUCCAAGCGCAUCUCGGUAGAUGAAGCUCUACAGCACCCUUACAUUAACGUGUGGUAUGAUCCAGCUGAGGUUGAGGCUCCCCCUCCAGUGAUCACUGACAAGCAGUUGGAUGAAAGGGAGCACACAGUGGAGGAGUGGAAAGAGUUGAUUUAUAAGGAAGUGCUGGACUGGGAGGACAGGAUGAAGAACAGCGUGAUCCGUGGCCAGCCCCCUCCUCUAGGUGGAGCAGUAGUCAAUGGCUCGCCUCAAGCUUCCUCCUCCUCCUCCAUCAACGAUGUGUCCUCCAUGUCUACAGAGCCCACCAUGGCGUCAGACACAGACAGCAGUCUGGAGGCCACAGCCGGCGCACUGAGCUGCUGCAGAUGACUAUCACCUUCCCCUGGAGCAUCGCUUUGUGUCGCAUGGUAUCAGAUUUAGGCCAGACAGGUUUGCUUUUCUUAAUGCUCGUCCUUUUCUUUUAUCUAUAUUUUUAUUGGAUAAAGAAGGUUUGCAACGUAAAGGCAGUGUAAAUACACAUGCCGUUAUAAGUGUGUAGGCUGGCGUUAUUUGCUUCCUCUCUAAAUACUGCAAUAUUCCAUCGUCAUUUUAUUCUCCCAUCAAGAAGCUCCAGCAGCCCCUAACUACUGAAUGUGAGUACUUUUAACACGCUCACUUAAUCCUUCCUUUGUAAGAACAUAUUGGUGUAGAAUGUAAAGACUAAAUUGUAAAUAUAUAUUUUUAUUUAUUUUAUUUUACUUUAUAUGUGUGUGGGUUUUAUGUGUGAGUGGAUAUAUCUGGGUCUACAAGCUUCCUUAUAGUAUUUUGAUCAUUUAGAUAGUGGAUGUAAAAUAUUAAAUAGUGCAUAAAUUGCUAUCAGUAUAUUAUAGCUAUUUAAUUUCCAUUGUUUUGAGAUGGUUUCAUCUAGCUGGUGGUUUCUACAGCUCUGACCCAGAAUUUGUUUGUUUUAUUUGUACAUUUUUGUUAGAGCAAGGACUCAUUUAUGGCAUCCGAACUACUUCAUAUAUACAGUAUAAAGGUUAUUUAAUAAGUCUGCAUGGAUCCUUAGUUUGGCUUUUCUUUUGCAUUUUUUUUUAAUUUAUUUAUUUAUUUUUCUGGUUGAUUGUGGCAAAAAGGGACUCUGAGAUAUUGUAUGUCAGUCAUCUGAUAAUGGCUUUCAAAAUCAUUAUUCCCAAUUUUGGUACAACCGGAUUUGAACUGUAAUUCACAUUUUACAGUUAUUGGAUAUUUAAUCCAGUUUAAACAGUAUUAAAGGUAGUUCUCUUAUACUUGAAAUGCUGUCCUGCAUUGAAUGUGGAGUAAGUCAUUGCGAAUCAAGGAAAGUAUUCUCAUUUUUGUAUGCAAAAUCUAUUUAUAGUUCACGAUAUCAGCUGAUUAUUUUUGUGAAAUGUAAAAAAUAUUUCAUUCUUUAAAGGUAUUUUUAUUUAUAUUUUUGGAAAUGAUGGAAAGGUUUGUAAUGACUGGUGCUGUAAAAAUAAAUGUGUAGUGUAUUAAGUA